GAGAAUCGGGGUUUGUUCCUCUGGCGCGCCGGCGUUGUGGCACAACGUGGGCGGCGCGUCGAGGAGCCGCGAUCCGUGGCCGCGCAGGAGGAGCCACAAGCUGGAUGCGAAGCAGCGGGACAUGACGGAGGACAGCACGCGUGUGGAGGGAGUCCUGGUCCGGGGCCAGCAGUGAGGAGAGCCGGGGGGGGGCACCGCGGUGUCCGGGGCGGAUGGUGCGCGUCUUUUUUUUUCUCUCUCUCUCUCCGAGGCGGAUUCAGUUUCCAGUCCGGUAACAGACACUGACGGAGGGACUUGAUUUCCGCAGGUCACCACCUGCGGACCAGCUGACAGAUCACCGCCGCUGGACUCCUUCAUCAAAACCCAUCUGAGGGGGAUCGACUGGUGUCUGUGGAGGGCUGAUCUGUGGCUCACCCAACAUCUUCUUUCUUUCUUUUUUUCAAUUAUUUUUGCGCAAAACUCAGAGGAUAAAAACAACAACAACAACAACAAAAAACCCCACUGUAAAUCAAGUGAUCAGAAGACGUUUAAUGAGAAUUAUGUGAAGAGUUAACGUCUGGAAAUGCGUCGCAAAUGCUUCUAUGUGCUCCAGGUGUGUGCCGUCGUCAGCCUCCUGCCUUCAGGCUCGCUGGCAGAUCUGACAUGUGAAGCUCUGCUCAUGCUGUCGGGGAACGUCUCACUGCAGUCCCUGGCCUCCUCCUGGAACCAAACCCUGAGCAAUGCCACAGGUCAGUGGAGCGGCUCGGGACUCUACUGUGACACCUCCAUCGAUGGCAUUGGCACCUGCUGGCCCAGGAGCAGCGCCGGCCAGAUGGUGUCACGACCCUGUCCAGAGAUGUUCUACGGUGUCAGAUACAACACCACCAAUAAUGUUUACAGGAAGUGUCUCGCAAAUGGGACGUGGGCGCUGAAGGGGAACUACUCCAUGUGUAAGGCCAUACUUCAUGAGGAGAAGAAAGGCAAGAUGCACUACCAGAUAGCUGUGAUCAUAAACUUCCUGGGUCACUGCAUCUCCAUGGUGGCGCUGCUCAUCGCCUUCUUCCUCUUCUUGUGCUUGAGGAGCAUCCGCUGCCUGAGGAACAUCAUCCACUGGAACCUCAUCACCGCCUUCAUCCUGAGGAACGCCACCUGGUUCAUCGUCCAGCUGACCAUGAGCCCCGAGGUGCACGAAAGCAACGUGGUUUGGUGUCGUCUCGUCACUGCCUCCUUCAACUAUUUCCACUCCACCAACUUCUUCUGGAUGUUCGGCGAGGGCUGCUACCUCCACACCGCCAUCGUCCUCACCUACUCCACCGACAAGCUGCGCAAGUGGAUGUUCAUCUGCAUCGGCUGGUGUAUACCGUUCCCCAUCAUCGUGGCGUGGGCCAUCGGGAAGCUGUACUACGACAACGAGAAGUGCUGGUUUGGGAAGCGAGCCGGCGUCUACACAGACUACAUCUACCAGGGUCCCAUGAUUCUUGUGUUGGUGAUUAAUUUCAUCUUCCUGUUCAACAUCGUGAGAAUCCUCAUGACCAAGCUGCGAGCCUCCACCACGUCAGAGACCAUCCAGUACAGGAAAGCCGUGAAGGCCACGCUGGUUCUUCUCCCUCUCCUGGGGAUCACCUACAUGCUGUUCUUCGUCAACCCGGGAGAGGACGAGAUCUCCCAAAUCGUCUUCAUAUAUUUCAACUCGUUUUUGGAGUCCUUCCAGGGCUUCUUUGUCUCCGUGUUUUACUGCUUCCUUAACAGCGAGGUGCGGUCAGCCGUGAGGAAGCGGUUCCACCGGUGGCAGGAGCAGCACUCCAUCCGAGCCAGAAUGACCCAGGCCAUGUCCAUCCCCACGUCACCUUCACGGGUCAGCUUUCACAGCAUCAAGCAGUCCACAUCGCUAUGAAAGAGGAGACCGGCUUUGUCCUACAGACGUGCUUUUGGGAGAAACCACCACCCCCCACCGCCGCCGCCGCCGCCGCUGCUGGCUGUCGUCGUCAUCGUUUUCUGCCACAUCACUGGAGUACACUGAAACACUUUCUGAGCUGGAGAGUGAAGCGAGAGAGAGAGAGAGAGGCUGCAUCAGUCUCCGAAACCUCAGGAGGGACGUUAGACAGAGUUUCAGGAGGAAAUGGAUGACGGGGACGCGGAUAAAGGACACUGCAGACUUUAUGAAACGAGAGGUUGGUGGAUCAAAACGAUGCACGUGACCAAGCGGAGUUCGGAUCUGCGUGACUCUGGACGUGAAUGUACAGCACUUCGUAUUCUCUCAUGUUCGCCUGCCAUAGAAAUUCUUCUGUCGUUUUCCUGCUCGCACACUUUGUGUUUUGCUGCUCAGUGAGAACUCGGAGCUCGUGCUGCUGGACUGCACUGAACUGGAUUCCAACCAGCGGACACUGGACUCAGAUCCCACAGGAGCAGUGACUAAGUUAUUAAAAAAGACAAUUUCAGAUUGUAUUUUCUUUCUUUUCUGUUUUUUUUUUUUUUUUUUUUUAAAUUUCGCCGUCACAAACAGUCGUCCGGUCCUGGUGUUUUGUUUAAUUUUGUGUUAUGCUAUCCUUCCUCCGUUCUCAGUCAGCUUGCUGCCGUCGUGCUACGCUCAUCAACUUUUCUGAAAACACAUUCCAGACUUUCUGCCUGAAGAGUUUUGUUCCAAAAUAACGAACAAAAGUAGCAGUGAGGUUUGAAGUCGCUCGCCGCCUUUGUGAGAAUUAGCUGAGAAGAUUGGCACCACCGUCUUGUUGUUCAUGAUGGAGUGCUGGAGCUUGGAGGUGAUUAGCCUAGCUUAGCAUAACGCCUGGAAGCAGUGGGCAACAGCUAGCCCUAGCCUUUCUUUAAUGUCUGAAAAUAAACCUAUGAAAUCAAACAUCCAAUCAUCAUGAACAUUACAGCGAACCAGCGUCAGAUGUACCGGACCUUGGUGGUGCCAUACGCUCGCAGCUUGGUUGUUUUUAGGCAAGAAAACCACUCAGACGGUUUUAGGGAACACAUUUAGGGGUUUGGCUAGAAAUAACUAUCAUGUAAAUUCAGUCGUGAAUGUACCUUUAAUGCGUAUGUAACUGCAGUACAUGAUGUAAAGGACGUAAAUUAACUAAAUCGUACGUUGAUAUAUCUCUUUGAUUUCAUGUUUCACUUGUUGUUUAACCGUUUAUUGCUCUACAAGCUGCUCCUCCUUUGCUGCUGUAAUUAUGAUUACAUCCACCAGAGGUCGCCACCCAGCAAGAAACAUAAACACGGGCGGUAAUGAGCUGCUAUCACAGAAGGAAAACUCAUGUUGUGGCGAUUUAUUAUAUGCGCUUAUUUUGGUGUAAAAAUGGUAAAUAGCUGAACCAAAAUAAUUAAAGUUGCAGGCUGGUGAACCAAAACCAGGAGCUGAAUGUCAUCGUCAUCCCAUUUUCACAUUACUCAUUCAGAGAAGUUAUUGAUUAUUGCAGCUUUAAAUCAAGUUCCUCUUAUCAGCCUUUUCCUCGCGGUGACAGAAAGCAGCUACUACGUGAUUGUUUCGUUACGAUUAUUUUGUCCAAGUCCUGUUCGGUCCGUAACGUUGUGGAACAAAACUCUUCAGCCGAACAAAGAGACUUAUAUAUCGUUGCCUCUCGGCCAGCAGACGAGGAGAACCGUCGGUUCUUGUAUCUGCACGGAGACGUUCUGAGGUGCUGGCUCGACUCGAAGUGCGACGUGCGAGCGGGCCAGCAGUAACUCUGUUUACUGAUUCAUUGUAAAUAUAUAAAUACCGCAGCGGGGGGGGGAGGGGUGGAAGAUCCAGAGGAGUCAUCACAAAUGUAAACCAAAAAAAAAAAAAAAAAAAACCACAAACCACACACUGUGAAUCAUAUGGGCACAUCAUCCAUGUGAUCAGCAAUUCACAGUCCACAUUCCUACGAUACCAGUAUGCCUAGCACCUGUGCAUUUUUAUCAACUGCUGUUUAUGUCGAAUUGUAUAUGAACCUCAUCUUUCUGUCGCCCUGAACUCAUGAUUUCUUCUUCUUCUUUGUUUUUUUUUUUUUGUUUUUUUUUUAAACCCUUUCCAGUGAUGUGUGAGCUCUGGUUGUGAUGAACUGUGGGAUUAUUUAAGACAACAGAAUUUCACAUGCGACUGUGACUUGUUUUAUUCUAACGUUCAUCAUCUGAGCAGCCUGUGCAGCUGCUUCCUGAGUCAUCCGAGGGUUAAAGUUUAAAAAGGGUUAAAAACAGACUGAGAAGAAAAGUUAUUUUGAGGUUUUGCAAUGUGAAGGAACUUAGCCAAAAAGAAAAGUCUGUGGGGGAAACUAUAAAGGUCAAGUCCACCAAUUUUACACAUUAAAGCCUGCUAAACUCUUGGAUUUGACUCAUUAUAGACACAUGAUAAUAGUCAGUACAGCAAAAGCAGAGAUAUCGCCUCUUUUGUUCCAAACGUUUCUCUUCUUUUUCAAAAACCCACCGCCCACAUACCCAAAGACAGAGCUCAGCAGUGGCCACCUACUUUUUCAAUGUUUCUCCAGCUCCAUUCAUUCACUCCAUUGACGUUUCAGAGUUUUAUUAUCCAACUACCAAACAUACCUCAAAAUCAGACCAGACAGAAAUAUACACACCAAAGUUUCAGCCUGAGCCUAACCUACAUGACAAAGAGUGUCCCACCCGGAUAUAACAUAGCACGGACUUCCACUAAUGGAAUUAAAAUGUCUAAUAAAUGGACCCCAGAUACUUCCAUAUUUAUCACACAAAUUCAUGUGAGUUGCUCCGGAGAUGUCUCAAUUUCAGAGCUCUCCAUGGUAGUCGGUGUUACGCGAUGGCUGGGCUAACACAGAUAACAUUACCUGUCCACUGCCCCCGCCAUGGUUUUCCUUUUUUGACAAUCAAUACGUUGCCGAACAACGGACUGUACCAUUACAAACUGCUGCAGUUAAUGUUACUGAAGGGGAAAGGAGUUUGUUACCUCGCUGAGAAGUUGGCCUGUCACGGCUUCUGCUUGUCCCAUUACUCCCACAGACUGAACCAAACUCCUCCUUGACAUUCAAAACUGAGCUGCUGUCGACAAAUGUUUUGCUCCGUAGGCGGCAAGUGUUAAACUCUCUGAUAUAAAGUUUAGAGAGAAGAGACUGGAGCACUACUCAUCCCAUAAACCUUUGUGAAUUAUUUUAUAACAGCCACUUCCAACCCACAGACCAGGGCUGCCAGCAGUCCUGCUUGUGCCCAGGACGAGAUGAUCUCCAGAGGCCCCAUCAAGCAUAUUUCUAAAAGAUCAGAUUACUUACAGCUUCUUCCUGAGCCACAAACUAUUUCAUAACACUAUUUUCCACUCCCCAAGACCUGUAAACACGCAUUAAUGUGUAAAAUGGGUGGCGUUACCCUUUAAAGGUCCAGUGUGUUGGAUUCAGUGACAUCUAGUGGCGAGGUUGUAGAUUGCAACCAACUGAUUAACCCCCCCCCUUUUGUCCAAACAACAAAGAUAUUAAAAUCCCUCCCUGUUUAAAUUAAUUGAAUCAUAAAACAGUAGAUCGUCCUGAAUCCUGCACACUGCACCUUUAAAAAGAGUCGAACGUCAGCAGGAAUCAGCAGCACAGGAUGUUGGUGACGUGUUUUCAUUCCAGCACAGUGAAAAAAGAAGAAAAAAAGAAAACAUUUGGUCAAAGAGAAAAAGAAAGGAAAGAGAAAAAAAAAAGGAUAAUCGACACCGACUUCUUGAUGGUUCUGUGGUCCAUGUGGUGGUCGGUCAGUCACGAUGUAACUCACGACAUUAUUUAUUAUUAUUUAUUUGCAAUAUUGUUGGGUUUUUUUUUUUCAUACUUGAAGAGAUGUGAAGAGAUAAUAAACUGUGUGUUGA